UGAUGACAACAAGGAUUUUUAUUCAUCGAAACGUUCAAGUUCAACUUCAGUUAAUCAUAAAAAAUUGAGAUCAAAACCAUGUAAUAUUGAGCAUGAUUCACGGAGAGAAAGAAAAUUAUUUAAUAAUCAUAAUAGCGCAUCACACAGAAGAGGUAGUGAAAAAGAUCGCGAAGGUCACAGAAUUGAUCGUGGUUUAUCCACUAAAGUGAGACAAACCGAUCGUGAACGAGAUCGUGGGGAUCAUCGUGAAAAAAAGCAUUCAAAUAAUGAUUCAAUAAGUAAAAACAAGGGAUCCUCCGUAGGCAUUCAUUGCUCAAAGACUACACCACCAAACCAAACACACCAAAGCCAAUUAAAUUCUUGGAAACCUACCAAACUUAAUGUUAUUAAUGAUGAGGACGACAAUAUAACUCCUUUAGGUCAAAUUAGCUCCAGUAAAACCAAUUCAUUUUGUGCGACAUCAACUUCUUUGCAUACUCGUCUGUUAUCUGCUGAUAAACCAUUAUCGGAAAAGGUUGAAUAUGGAAGUAGCUAUAAAGGUUCCGAAGAUAAUUACCCUAUUGGUAAACGUUCUUACAAUGAAAAGAAAAGUGAGAUGGCUAGUGAUGAAGAAGUACCCAUUGGUCAAUUAAGUAGUCGAUAA